AUGUCAGAUCCCAUACCAUCAGCAACAGCAGAUCCUGAUGCAGUGGAGCAAAAGCUUCCCGCCAAUGCUGAAGAUCGUAAAGCUGCGGCUGCGCUGUCCGCGCUGAACAACAGUGCGGUGACUGGUGAUGUUUCGUUUCCCAGAGGGCCAUCUGCAGCCGACCAGGAAGCUCUCAGCAAGGCAAUGAGCCGCCUUGAAGUUGCGGCAGGUAGUAAUACGGAGAAGAGGACCGCAUUUGAUUCACAGAAGAAGGAAUCCGAAGUCAAGAAGAAGGCAGUCAAGAUUGCUGCGGCUGAUGUCGCUUUACUGGCUGACCAGUUGGAUCUCCACAAGAACAAGGCGACUGAGCUGCUCAAGGCCAACGAGGGAGAUAUUACCCGUGCUAUGAGGGCAUUCAUUACCCCCUCAUUUCGGGCAUGA